UUUACUAUAAAUGCAAUUGCUGCGGUUUGCAGAUGUUGUCCAGAAAUAACAACGAUUUAUUUGCUGGUAAGGGCAAAGAAACAGAAGGAUCCGCAAACUCGAUUUAAAGAGUAUUUCAAUGAUGUUAUUUUUGAUAGGUUAAAGAGAGAGCAAAAAGAUGUUGAAAAGAAGAUUAUUGUGAUUGAAGGAGACACGAGUCUAUUGAAUGUAGGAUUGUCAGAGAGGGACCGCGAUCGCAUUAAAGAUACCGAUGUAAUUUUUCACAGUGCAGCAUCAGUACGUUUUCUGGACAAUAUUCGUAUUAUAGUUAAUACAAAUAUUAGAGGAACAAGGGAUCUUCUCUUGCUUGCACAAGAGAUGAAAAGCUUAAAGGCCUUUGUUUAUGUUUCAACAGCUUACUCGCACUGUGUUUAUAAUAAAAUCGAAGAAAAAUUGUAUAAGCCACCUAUGAAGACAAAAGACAUAAUUAGAUUGACAGAGAUUUUAACCGAAGACCAAUUAGAUUUAAUCACCCCAAAGCUACUGGGGAAGUGGCCUAACASUUACGCAUUUUCAAAGGCAAUCUGUGAAGAUACAGUACGGCAAUAUUCUAAUGGAAUUCCAACUUGCAUUGUUCGGCCAUCCGUUGUUGUAUSMACAGAARAGGAACCAAUUGCUGGCUGGAUAAACAAUUUSAAUGGWWUUACAGGUGUUGUUUUUGGUWCCUCRAAAGGUAUUUUACGAACACUGUAUUGUGAUAAAGACUUAACUAUCGAUAUGAUUCCUGCCGAUUAUGUUGUCAACAACAUUAUUGCUGCAGCAUGGGAUGUUGCACAAAAWCGAUACAUAUCACAGAGUGUUAAUGUUUCCAGCAGUGAUAAUAAGUACUUACCUGUUGACGAUGAGAUUCCAGUUUAUAAUUCUGUUUCCUCCGUUCAAAGACCAAUUACUUAUGAUACUAUAAUGAGAAAUGUAAUUUUUGAGGGACUUCAAGUCCCGUCGAAAAAAGUGCUUUGGUACGGCUCAUUAUGGCCUAUCAAAAACUAUUAUUUCUAUAUCUUUAUGACRAUUUUUUUACACUGGAUACCAGCAAUAAUAGUGGACUCUUUUUUAUAUCUCAGUGGAAGAAAGCCAAUACUGCUAAAUGUCUACAGAAAAAUAGAGAAGUUUAAACAURUAAURAGUUUCUUYWCAAUGAAUGAAUGGGAAUUUACAAACGAUAAUGUCUUGAAGUUAUGGGACAAAUUAUCUAUUGUAGAUAAAAGUAAUUUCUUCUUUAAUGUUGCUGAUAUUGAUUGGAAGUGUUUUUYUAUUACUUACAUCAGGGGAUUGCGAGUAUUUUUAAUUAAAGACCCAAUGGAUACGGUUGAAGAAUCRAGACCUUUUUAUAGAAG